GCGUUUUCUGAUUGGUACAGCGGCCAUAGCAUCUCAGGGUGGAGAAAGGUCCCACUGCGUUCCAUGCCAUGGUGAUGAAUAGGUGCUUCGGCAAGGGCUGCUCCUGCAUCUGUUAUUGUAACUAGCAAAGUUACUACCCCUGUCGUGCACGGAAUAAAGAUCAGCGGAGCAAGAAGAGGCUAUACAGGGGGACGGGGUCGGCAUAUAGUUCGGACUGAUAAACCUACCUCUAACGAGAGCAGCCUAAAGAAGAAGAAGAGGCUGGUCACAGACAAUGGUUUGAAGGCGAUAAAAAUGGGGGAUAGCCAAGAUUCAAACCUCAUCCCUGUUGGCAAAGACAAAUACAUUCAAAAAAAUGAACUGUUAUCCCACUUAAAAACCUACAAUCUAUAUUAUGAAGGUCAGAAUUUACAGCUACGUUGCAGAGAGGAAGAAGAAGAACUUAUUAUUGAAGGACUGUUGAACAUUUUCUGGGGUUUGCGCAGACCAAUACGGUUGCAGAUGCAAGAUACUAAUGAACGGAUUCGGCCUCCUCCAUCCUCAACAUCCUGGCAUUCUGGGUGUAACAUUAAUGCUGAAGGAACUGGAACAAACUUGAAGAUACCCGAUAUUACAAUUAAUGAGCUGGGUGAUAAUGACAAAGAUGGGGAGGAAGGAACAGGCUCUCAAAGCAUAAAAGAAUCUGAAGAGGAUACCCCUCAGUUAAUGCGAACUAAGAGUGAUGCUGGAGUUCGUCGACGAGCCAACCUCCGCUCGCCAAGUGAUGUUGGCCGUAUUCGACGGCAACGUUUCUCUAUCAAUGGUCAUUAUUAUAAUCAUAAGACUUCAGUAUUCACGCCUGCAUAUGGCUCUAUAACAAAUGUUCGAAUCAACAGCACAAUGACUACUAAACAGGUUCUCAAACUGUUACUCAACAAAUUUAAGAUUGAGAAUUCUGCUGAUGAAUUUGCAUUAUACAUUCUUCACACCAGUGGAGAGAAACAUAAGUUGAAGUGCACUGAUUACCCUCUUACAGUUCGGAUACUUCAGGGACCCUGUGAACAAAUUUCCAAAGUCUUUCUGAUGGAGAAGGACUUAGAAGAAGAAGUCACCUAUGAUGUUGCACAGUAUAUUAAAUUUGAAAUGCCAGUUCUUGCCAGUUUUGUUGAGAAAAUGAAGGAGGAGGAAGACCGAGAAGUUCAGAAAUUGAUUCACAAGUAUUCUGCCAUGAAAGCAGUAAUGCAACAGCGUUUACAAGAACUUGCCUAAGGCAGGACCGCUCUUUAAAUCUAUGGGCAAAAUUUACCUGGAUAUGUGGAGUUGAUGAUUUUGUUCAGAGAGCCACUGUUCACAGUAGUACAAAGACAUAGUCAGAAGACUGCACUUCAGUGUAGUUUAGAGCUCUGUCUGCAAUAAAGCAAUAUGCACUUCAUAAUUUUCAUCAUUCAGGAGUCCUGGCACUGAAAUUUCCAUAUCCUUUAUGCUGAGCAAAUCUCCUGGAUGGAAAAAAAAAAGAGCACAAUUCAUAUUGUAACAUAAGCCAUAUAUAUACCUGACGUAUAAACCAGGUGUUUUGGGAAGGUGCAUCUCUUAAUGUUCUUUGUUUAAUUUGUAUCAGCAUUUUUCUUAGCUGUGCAUAUCUCUGACUUAUUGUGCUUGAUAUAAAAAUUACUACCAGAUGAGCAUUUCCUGCAUAAUCUAAAGAAUUUGCAAGCAGAAGAUGGUAUGCACAUUUUAGUGAUACUUGAGAAAAUGUCCCAUUGCAGAUUCAAGUAACCUUUGAGGUGGCAUGAAGACCAAAUGGGUGGAAUUGCUAUCAGAUUAUAUUAUGCUGGAAAACUGAAGUUUGUGUAGGACCAUACGUGCAGAAUAAAAGUGUUGAGUUGCUUGAUUAUUGUAUACCAAAAUAAUUAGCACAAACAAUGAGGAUGUGAUAAAAUUGUUUUAUGUCAGUGUCAAAAUGGGUUUUGUAGCGCGUUCUUGGUAGUGCAGCUGAAAUCAUGUAGUUACCAUUCCAUGUAAACAUUUCUUGCAUCAUUACUGGAAGCUUGUUUCUGAAUAUGUUUCUUUUGUAUUUGUCGUUCCCAACCAAGUAAACAAAUAACUGUAUUAUAUGUGCUCUGUCUCCUGCGCUGCUGUUGUUCCUGUUUAAUUCUGUGGGAAUUCAUUGCUCACAAACAAAACUACAGACCCAGCAGUGAGCUGCUGUCAUGUGUUUAAAGUUUAUAACAUUUCCUUUCAUGGCUUUUCUGUCUGUUUGGACCAGUAGAACUAUGGUACUUAAGGAAUCAAGGCUGCUGUUCUGCUGUUCAGGUUCUUGUGAAUGUCUGGUCUGCCAUCUUGGUGAACUGUGAAAUAGAAGUGUUUAUGAAACUGCACAGCCACUGUCCUCAGCAGUGUGGGGACUGAUUCGUGGAAGGGAAGAUCCAAACAAUAGUGACUUAACUGAUUAAAUCAAUGGCAUGUUCAUAUGCACAAGAAACAGUCAGUAGGCAACUGGAUGUCUGGACCCAAUAAAAUGUGGUGAAAUCACAGUGGGCCACAUCAACCAAAUAAAUUGCCUAUAAUAUAUCAUGUUGCUUUUUAGGCAUGUGUCUGCCUAUUAUUAUGCAAAUAUAAAAAGGCCUACUAA